AUGGAGUAUCCAAUACGAGAGGAGCCGUCGACAGACGACAACCAUCUCCCUCCUUGCCCAAGUCCUCUCCUCCCUCCCCUGGAAGAAGCCAUGCUCCGAGACAGCAACUCGUGGGUCCAGUCCUUUUCCAACCUCCGAUAUGGAAUCGUCCCCACCAAAAAGCCCGAAGAGGUCAUGGCUUACCAGGGGUUUGCCGAGCACAGCCUAGAAGUUGACCCAGAAAUGACAAGACGCUAUCAGCUCUGUCUGGAGGAACGGAAAGUGCAGUACGUCCGGCAGAAGUUGGAGGAGAAAAAGGCGGAAAUCUUGAGGCGAAGACACGAGGCAGAGCAAGAAGCCGCCCGGCAACACUCAAGACAAAGAGCGAUUCGGGCCCAACAGCAACUGGCUUUCUACAGCAAACAGUACCCCCGCUAUGGGCAACUCUGGCGCCAUGAAGGUUUCUCCGGUGACGAAAAUGUCGCGUUCGCUACUGCAGGAGGAGCAGGCUUUGACGACUCUGGCUCUGACCAGGCGUUGCACCUGGAUGAGAGCAUAAUGAGCUCACCAACCUAUCGCUUUGUGACUCCGAACAAUGCUAUCCAAGAGUCCGGUGGUGCUGCCCCAGCUUUUGCCACAUCCCUCGAAAAUACCACAAAGGAAAUCGAAGAGUAUCUGCAUACGGUGCCUGGGACGGCCAGGACCCGAAGCAACAGAAAGUCGCAUAAUGCAUCUCGGCCACCACCGCACAUGACAGACUGGGCAGGGCAACAAUACUCGGAACUACCACAAACGCCCUCUGCUGGCUUCACUCCUGCUGCAUCAGUUUAUGAAGCAGAUCUCGACCUAGAUAUGAGCCCUGGUAUGCUACUCACAAAGCAGAAUGAACAACACCGCAGUGUUCAAGACGAACCGACUCCUCCCUACCACGCAGACGAUGACGUGAUGUUGCUUGACAUCCGCGAACCAAUAGCGCCACCGGUAAAGUCACCAACAUUGUCCGAUCUGAUUGGAAGCGAGACCCCUUCUGAAGACAACGACGACGAUGCUGAUGGAGACUGGGAUUUUAACCCGAGGAGUCCGUCUCCGGAGCCUCCAACUCACCGCGACGUGAAAGGAUUUGGACAGAGGAAUCGAAGAGCGAGUCGGAAGACAGGGCGUUAA